CACAAGCCCUAUAAUACCAAGCACAACAUGCUUUACCUUCAAUGAAAGCUGAGACGGGGGGACGGUUGACUGCUGCUGGUCCUGAAAUCAACUCAGAGCUCCGGAGCGUCGCAGUUUUAGCAGCUCGCCUCUCCUGCAUCUGCUUUAUUGCACCUUCUGCUGCGCGCCGGAACCUUUUCUUUUCCUGUAUCAUUUACUGACUUUUUGCGCAUUUCAGACCUGCGACUUUAUCCAAAGCGGACUUUUGUUGGAUAACUUCCCCCACACUUUCUUGUUGUGACCGCUGUCAGAGGUGAUGCUAUCAUUUAGUCACAUCCUCAGGUGAUGGUAUGUCUCUCUGGAGAUAGGGGCCACUUUUGGAGAAGGUUUUCCACAGCUGUUAUUUUUCCCGUCGCUACGUUUCCUCCAUUUAAUCCAGCAUGGCUCUCUACUCUCGGUUUGUGGUCGUGCUGCUUUACGGAUGGAGUUAUCUGUGCGUUGGAUACUGCGCGAUGCUGAAAACGGACAAUUUCCCCGAGAGGCGAAAGGUGGAUUUUACGCAUUCAGUGGAUAAAAAGUACGCGACGAAGGAAGACCAGGACGCGCUUUUACAGGAUACAAUGACGGAGCACAUGCAGAUGCUUUACGCGAAGUACAACCGAGCUGGAUUUCCCUUCAAGGACGGCAACACUGUUCGCAGCUUCAAAGCGCACUGGGGUACAAUAAACAAGAAGCAGCUGCAGAUCUUCAACCUCACCUCCCUCACCAAGUCGGAAGACGUUCUGUCGGCCACCCUUCAUUACUACAUUGGAGACCUUCAGAACAGCACCGGCAGCUGCUCCAGGUCCAAAACCUGCAUCCAGGUCCGCCACGGCCCCCGCAGGCACAGCCACAUCCACAUGGUCAUCUGGAGCUUUGGCUCCGUGGACAACAAGCUGAGGACUCUGGGACACUUUCGCAUCAACGUGUCCACGCUCUACAGGGACUUCAUCUCCUGGCAGUGGAAGGACAUCACUCGAGUGGUCAACCAGGCCAAACACCAUGACGAGCUGCUCAUUGGGAUCGAAGUGGCUUCUCAAGGGCCACAGCAGUGGAAGAAGCUCCUGUCGGACCGCUCGCCUUACAUCCUGGUCUACGCCAACGACUCGGCCAUUUCAGAACCUGAAAGUGUGGUGGCCACCCUCCAGAGACACCACUCGGUGGGAGGCGAAGGCUUCGUUCCCUUCCACAAACUGGGGCUGCGAGAGCGAAACCACACCGAGCAAGAGCAGCCGCCGGCCAGACACAAGCGCUCGGUGAACGUUCUCCUCCCUCUGCAGAACAACGAGCUCCCCGGACCCGAGUAUCCGUACGAGACGACCGGCUGGGACGAGACGAGUCCGUACGAGCCUUUUGAAAACAAACAGGCCCGUCGGCCGCGCAAAAAGACUCGCAAGAACCAGCGGCACAAGAUGCCCCUGCUGCAGUUCGACGAGCAGACGAUUAAAAAGGCGCGAAAGAAGCAGUGGAACGAGCCCAGGAACUGCGCUCGGAGAUACCUGAAAGUGGACUUUGCCGAUAUCGGAUGGAGUGAAUGGAUUAUAUCACCCAAAUCAUUCGAUGCCUACUACUGCUCAGGGUCCUGCCAGUUCCCCAUGCCCAAGGCCCUGAAGCCGUCUAACCACGCCACCAUCCAGAGCAUAGUCCGGGCGGUGGGCGUCGUCCCCGGCAUCCCCGAGCCCUGCUGCGUCCCCGAGAAGAUGUCCUCCCUCAGCAUCCUCUUCUUCGACGAGGACAAGAACGUGGUGCUCAAAGUCUACCCCAACAUGACUGUAGAUUCCUGCGCCUGUAGAUAGUUUCCUUUCCUCCCAUUUCCACGCCUCGUAUCGUAUAGUUAAAAAAAACAACAACAGCCAAAAAGACUCCAAGUCUCUCCUCCUGCUUCUUCAGUCUUUCUCAAACAUCCGUUGAACUUCCCUUGUUGCACUGGAGGAGAGUGACUGGCUGCUGUUCCAGGCGAAGAGGAGUUCUGUCUGUCCACAGGAAGAAGAAGAAGAUAAAUGGAUUGUGUGAGUUGUUAUUAUUAUUAUUAUUAUUAUUAUCAUUAUCCUCGUGGAAGAUUACGGGAACGGGAAAAAAAGUCAGCUCUCCACCAGCAAACCGGCACCACUGUUUAUCUUCGUAUUUAUCAUCGCUGCUCAGUCAUCUGUUAGCGGGGCGGAUCAUAAACUCACUGUCAAGCUACACAAACACCAACUGAGGCAGACAAACAACAACAAAAGAGACAAAAACUGAAGGAAAAUAUUCACUUUCUCAGAUAAAAAAUAGCUCGAACUGAUGCCUUCUUCACAGCUUGAAGUUGUCUUUACCACAAGGUCACCUCUGCUCGCACUUGCAUGGUUUUUGUUACGAUGUGUAAGUAUUUAUGUCCGUACUAUCACUGUGUUUAUUCGCUAUAGGAGAACGUUAUUGUAUAAUUAUUGGCUUGGCUGCUAUAGAGGGUAAUGUUAGAUUCCAAAGCCAGAAUUGUGACCUAGAUGGUAGUUGGUUUUUUUGCAUAUUUGUGUUUAUAUUGUCACUCAGAACCCAGAUUUUAAGAGCUGAAGAAUGUGGUCUUCGUUAGCAGUGGGAGACCUGCGCUAUCGUUAGCUCAAACCUCAAACUUUAUUAGAAAUAUAAAGGGACAAAGCAUAUAAAAAGGAGAAACUACUACAAUAAACCAAGGCUUUCACUAUACAAGCGUAAAACUGCAGGACUCUGGAUGCUUGUGGAGGUAUUUAAAACCCUCGUUGGAGCUGUUAAGUUUGCAAAAAAACGCAAAUAAAUGGUGGGACUUGGCCGUCAGUGAAGGUUAGCAGUUUCAGAACAUGUUGCUAUCACCUAUUUUUUAAAAUAAUGUAUCGUAUUUACAGUCUGGAGUGACCUUUAUGAAGAAAAAACAUUUACAAACUGCCCAGAAAUCAGUUUUUAUCAACAAAAUCAGUAUGGAGUCAAUAUACACUGCUGGUCUGGAAUCAGUUUUGCCUGACGUAUACUCAAGACUCAUUGUUUUUUAGUUGGAAAUCUGGAUUCCAUGUACAAAUGGGUGACAAAUUAAAGGAAAACCCCAAUAUAAAAUGUCUUAGUAAGGUGUUGGGCCACUAUAUGCUUCCAUUCAACUUUGGAUUGGUUUCUGGACUCUAAUGGAGGGAUGGAACACCAAUAUUCCAAAAGAUAUUCUCUAAUUUGGUGUUUUGAUGAUGAUGGGGGUGUGUUGUUUCAAAAUCUCCAAUAGGUUGGGUUGAGAUUUGGUGACUUCACAACAUUUUUAUUCAACCUCUUGGGGUCAUUUUAGGUCUUUCCAUGUCCUCCUAUUGGAUCCUAAGGUGGUCCCAGGCCAGAUGAGAUACGUAGAUGGUUAAGUUUACCUAGAAAAUGUCCAUUAAAAGGCGUUCACGAGACAACCAAAUCUUAACCGUUGGUUUUCUGCUUUCUGUUCAUACUACUUUUGUGAUUUUGACCAUUAAAGCAGCACCAUAGGGCAAAAAAGAGUGAAAAUGAUGGAUGAAAGUGGAAAAACUGCCUAGAAAACUUGACUAAAAAGGCGUCCAGGAGGCAUCCAAAUCAUAACCAUUCGUUUUCUGCUGUCUGCUUAUGCUGAUUUUGUAAUUUUGACCAUUUAAGCUGCAGUAGGCAGUAUUAUUCCGGCAUCUAGCCUCAUUUACCUUGAAGCAUAUUGUGAUUAAAAUGGUCUGAGUGGAAUCUAGACUUCUGCACCUCCUCCUGGCUCCAUUUUCAGGCUUUAUCUAGCUUUAAAAUGGAGAAAUUUUAGCCAAUCAAGGCACUUUUCACAGGACAAGUUUUGAAUUGAAGCUGAAAUACUGACUUUUUUUUCCAGAUUUCUGUCUAGUGCAGCUUUAUAUAAGUAUUAAGAAGAAGAAUGAUGGACUUACGUGGAAAAACUGCCUAGAAAGCCUCCAUAAAAAGGGGUCCACGAGACAACCAAAUCUUAACUAUUCAAUUUUUGCUGUCUGCUUAUGCUAAUUUUGUGAUCUUGACCAUUAAAGCUGCAGUAGGCAGCAUUAUAUUGGCAAAAAUCCAUAUUAACCUCACUAAUCUUGAAGCAUACUGUAAUUAAAAUGGUCUGAGUGGAAACUAGACCUCCUCCCAGCUCCAUUUUCAAGCUUUAUUUGUCUUUAAAAUCUACACAUUUUAGCCAAUCAAGGAAUUUUUCACAGGUCGAGGUUUGAAUUGAAGCUAAAAUACUGACAUUUUUGUCCACAUUUCUGCCUGUUGCUUCUUUAAUUUGAGUAUUACUAAGAAAAACAAUGGAAAAACUGCCUAGAAAACCUCCAAAAUAGGCGUCCCGGAGGUACCAGAAGUCAUACUAUCUAAAAAACACCACCAUCAGGAUAAGAAAUACUUCAUCGUAGCAUAAAAAUGAUCAAUUAGAACAACUUUGUAGUGCUUUGCAGAGACCAACAAGCCUUUUCAUACAUUUUCCUUUGUCAUCCAUUCCUAUGUUCUUGAGCCUUCAAAAGACAAAAAAAAACUAACAAAAGCUACUCUUUACAGUAAAUUAAGUGUUUUGGUAGCUGUACUAUUUGAUUUUCACAAUAAAAGUCGAUUUUUUAAAAUAAUAAAGCCCAAAAAUGAUGAGUGCAUAAUAUACAUCAGUGAUCAGUUUUCCUGGGUCACACAAGGCUAAAAUUAUUAUAUAUUGUUAUUAUACAGAGUGGAUUUUUACCUAAAUCAUGAGAGGGUGUGUUAUGUGAUCACUUGUGUCGUAACUUUGUGCAUUAUUGUCACAAAACCAAAUAUUUAUUCAGAGCAUAUAGACUUAAAUAUAGCAGCAAACCUUUGUUUUUUCUCUUCCUUGUACAUUGUUUUUGUAUAUAGCUCACUAUAACUAUGCCUCUUUGAGAUAGAAGUGCCUUUUCAGUGGGUGAAUUUCUGCUUUAAAACACAGUUUGAUUUGAUUCAGUCGCCUGAACCGAGCUCAAGUCAGCUGAGAAUAUUUUUUUAUGGUACAAAAAUAGCAAACAAAGAGUGAACAUAGCGCAUAUUCUUGUGAUAAGUGGAAUUUAUGCUAAAGCGUUUUGCAGAUGAUUCGCCGUUUUGAUAUUCCAGAGACAUUUAUUUUGUGUCGAUACCUAAAGGCAGAUUGUUUAACUUGAUAUAUUUUGUACUGACAACAUUUUACAGUUUCCUCAUCUUGUGCCAAUGCAGAUUUUUAGAGAAACGCAUGCCAACAAGUUGCCUCUGGGGCUUUUUUUCUGCAUUCUGCAAGUACGGAAAAGUACAUUUAUACACAUUUAUCAGCAGUUUAUUCCAUCUUGGAAAUGUUCCGCUGUAGGUGAAACAAAAAAAGAAAUGCUUGUACAAUAAGCUUCAUAAAAUAUAUUUGUAUAUGGAAAAGACCUUUAACAUGCAUCUAUUUAUUUUCUGUAUGUUGCAUAUCUUGUAGAGGUGUGGUCCGGGAUGAAGGGGGGACUCUGACAUGUCGAUGGUUUUUAUAUCUGUCAUGGACUUUACUUUUGUCACUACUGAUGUGAACGUUUGGUUUAAAGUCUCCCUCCUCUGAGCUCCGACCCUCCUUCCAAAGCAUUCAAAGACAUGAAUAAAAGUAUGCAAGACUCA